UAAUGAUGGAUAUAAAAGUAGGCAGCCCUGUACCUCUAGUACACUUCAAAGCUUCCUAAAGCCGGCGAAGGACGAAGGACACAAGACACCACUCGAAUCCGUUUUUGGCUGACAAGAUCAUCAAUGAGGGUCAUCCUUCCUCUGGCAAUUGCCAUUUUGGCAACUCUGUUGACUCGCGCGACCAACGCUGCUGAAUUCACUGAAAUCCAAGAAGUGAACUCUCCUUCUGUAGAACUAGAGAUGGAUUCGAAUGAUGAAAGUACGACUGCCGCUCCCGCUACCACCGAGGCUCCUACAACAGCUGCCACCGAUGCCCCUACAACAGCUGCCACCGAUGCCCCUACAACAGCUGCCACCGAUGCCCCUACAACAGCUGCCACCGAGGCCCCUACAACAGCUGCCACCGAGGCCCCUACAACAGCUGCCACCGAGNGCCCCUACAACAGCUGCCACCGAGGCCCCUACAACAGCUGCCACCGAGGCCCCUACAACAGCUGCCACCGAGCCCACUCCUUCUCCGACACCAAACUGCUACGCGAAAUGCGUUAAACGUUACGUCUGUCUGCGAAGGCGGUUGCAAGUCAGACGGCUUUGCAGACGUUCGUCAGCCUGCACUGCGGUAUACAUUAACGACGGAUGCACAUGGAAAAGAAAAGUUUGGAUAUAUAGGAAAUACCGGUAUUGCACAUUGACCUGCUGCAAUAAUAUACAGUAUUGGCUUUACAAGCGUUGUCGUCGUCAUCGUUACAGCGUUCAAGUCUGCCUACGUCAAACUUCUUGCCGAAUUUCAAGAUGCCGAAUGCGAUUGGCUCGGGGCACUGCACGUAAUAGAUGGGUUUGUCCAGUUCCAGCACAGUCAGCUUCAAAAUAAUAAAUCAGGACUCCCCGGCAUUUCAGGAUCAAGCUACAAAACCAAAAAAGCCUACUUAAUGCAACGAAAAUCGAUAUGCAUCAUUGCAUUUAACUAAAAAAAGGGAAUCCCAGGUUGUUUAAUCAUGUGGCCAUAUUAUUCGGGGAUAUUUUUGACUGGGUAAAGUCAUUAUGGGUUCUUCAGCAUUAGAAAAUAAACCAUCACGUGGUUGAACAUA